AUGAUGCAGAACGGAGCAUUCUCCACUGUGGCCACCGAUGGACUACCUGCAUCGACCGCCCUGCAAUGGGCUCAAUUUCAGAGCAGCAAUCUGGUGGCCGAGGUCCAAGCACAACAAAACCGCGACAAUGGCUCCGGCUCGACGGUGGUUGAGAGUGCCGAGUCGGCCAUUGACCGACAAUUGAGAGUCUUGAUGAGUGGAGCAGCGGCAUCUGUAUCACAAAUGACCAACCCUACCUCACGGAAGCGAUCUCAAAACGGAAAUGUUCAGAGAGGAGAGUGGAUGGGUCGAACUGUCGAUUCCCCAAAAGAUCCACCACGCCCCCUGGAACCGGUUUUGGGAGCUCUAUUUUUUAAAAACUUCACUCAACCUUACGCUCAUUGUGAGAACUCCCUCCGCUCUUUGACUCAUAAUGAGAGUGAGAUGAGUGUUGACGAGCACCUCUCAUCAAUUCCUUCUCCACAACAUUGGAUUGAUCAAUUUCGAUAUACACAGGACCUAGCAAUGCUGGGUGGAAUGGCAGUAGGCGGAGUGGGGAAAGAUCCUUACAAAUUGGGUGGAGGACAACAAAAUGGAGGAGUAAAUGGACAGCAACAAGGAGUAACAUCAAUGAUUGUAUCGAAUACAUCAAAUGGACAACCACAAGGGACAACAUCUGUUGGAGGAUUGCCUCCCUGUCCACAACAGAUUAUCAUUAAUAGUGAUUUCCUCCGAUGUGAGGAGAAUGGUGGACGAGUUGGUGGUGGUGUUCGUGGUGGAUCAUCAUCUGGUGGCCCAUCAUCAUCAAGUUGUUCUCCUUCAUCAAGUGAUCACAAUCAUCACAUCUUGAGGCAUACAAGUAGCACGGAUUCGACUCUAGAUGUGGUGAACAGUAUGAUUAACAAUGCCCAGUUGAAGACUGAACCCCUCGAGGCUGCUUAUGGAUUACCGUCACUUAUUGGAAUGCCAAUGCAUUUGAAUCCCUACCAAAAUGCUCGCAAUUCUAUUGACGCUCCCCGAUCAAGCACUGGCAAUCCAGCAUCCGUGCAAGGUCGUCGCACGAGAAGCUCUACAGAUGGAAUGUUCAAAUGCCAGUUUUGCCCGAAGAAAUGGACAGACGAGUCAUUGUUGCAACAACACAUGGGUGAUUGCCGAAUGGUGAGAGUUCACGAGUGCGCACAAUGCGGGAAACGAUUCAAAGCUCGCGGAGGACUUCAACAACAUAUGAGAUCUCGAAUUCACUCAAAUGAUCGACCGUAUGCGUGCCAGUUUUGUGCAAAACGAUUCACACAAAAAAGUCACGUCGACCAACAUGAAAGGAUUCAUACAGGUGUGAAACCGUUUAUUUGUCAAUUUUGUGGUCGGGCCUUUCGACAACGAUCGCAACAAAUGGGACACGAGGCAACUCAUCAACAUUCGGGAAGUAGAGGACAUCGACGAAAUACAAACGAUGAUGAGGGCCAUCGUCAACAACAAUCAGUCAGCCUACAACAGCAACAGAGUCAUCAACAAGUACAAGUGCAGCAGCAGCCCCAACAAAAUCAACAACUCGAUUCCGUGUCGGCUUUGGAUUCAAUGCUUCACCAAUCACUUCCCUCAAUGGUUCAACAACAAACGAAUGGACUCCAGUUGGCACAACAAAAUACUUCUCCACCAACUUCAUCAGGCCCUCUAGCUGCUCCUCCACUCAACAAUCUUUUCGGUUUCCCCGCAAAUUGUGCCAAUAAUGCCAUGUCAUCACUUUUGGCUCUCAGUCAGAAUAUGUGCCCACCCCAACCGGGAGCCUAUGGUGGAAAUAUGAACAAUAUGGCUCUUGGAAUCAUCAAUUCAAUACAA